ACAGAGCGGCUUUCAACUCAGGGGGCGGGCUCCAGGAAGUGUUGAGUUUUAGCGGAGCCGCAUCAUCUCACGAGGCCGAACAGAGAACGAAAUGGCGGCUACGACAGAGAGGAUGGAGGUUUCACAGGGAGAGAGCUCAGCCAAGCCCGCAGCUGAAGACAUGACCUCCAAAGACUACUAUUUUGACUCCUAUGCCCACUUUGGCAUCCACGAGGAGAUGCUGAAAGACGAGGUCCGAACGCUCACCUACCGCAACUCCAUGUUCCACAACAAACAUCUCUUCAAAGACAAAGUGGUGCUGGAUGUGGGCAGUGGGACGGGCAUUCUUUGCAUGUUUGCUGCUAAGGCCGGAGCCAAGAAGGUCAUCGGGAUUGAGUGCAGCAGCAUCUCAGAUUAUGCUGUGAAAAUUGUCAAGGCCAACAAACUUGAUGACGUGGUGACCAUUAUUAAAGGGAAGGUCGAGGAAGUGGAGCUGCCUGUGGACGGAGUGGACAUCAUCAUCUCUGAGUGGAUGGGUUACUGUCUGUUCUAUGAGUCUAUGCUCAACACAGUGCUGUACGCCCGUGACAAGUGGCUGAAACCAGAUGGACUGAUCUUUCCUGACAGAGCCACCCUCUAUGUGACGGCCAUAGAAGACAGACAGUACAAGGACUAUAAAAUCCACUGGUGGGAGAAUGUGUAUGGCUUUGAUAUGUCUUGCAUUAAGGAGGUGGCCAUCAAAGAGCCACUUGUUGACGUGGUGGAUCCCAAGCAGCUCGUCAGCAGUGCAUGUCUCAUCAAGGAGGUGGACAUCUACACUGUGAAGGCAGAGGACCUGAGCUUCACGUCGCCCUUCUGCCUCCAGGUGAAGAGGAAUGACUACAUCCACGCUUUGGUCACAUACUUCAACAUUGAGUUCACCCGCUGCCACAAGAGGACAGGCUUCUCCACCAGCCCAGAGUCUCCAUACACUCACUGGAAGCAGACGGUCUUCUACCUGGAUGAUUACCUGACGGUCAAAACCGGAGAGGAGAUCUUCGGCACCAUCAGCAUGAAGCCCAACGUCAAGAACAAUAGAGACCUGGACUUCACCGUGGACAUCGACUUCAAGGGCCAGCUGUGCGAGGUGUCAAAGACGUCAGAGUACAGGAUGCGCUAGUGACCGCUCCACGCCCCCUCGGAGUUUGGCGAACGACUGGGAGCGCUCUUCCUCCUCCUCCUCCUCCCACCGACAUUUUAAGACUCUUUUUGUCUCAUUCAGUCGUCAGUAUUUCCAGGUUUCACAUGUGUGGUCAGUGGUGUGGUGAUGCAUAGUGCAGUAGUCAACCACAAAAGACACUCGUUUACAUGUAAUCCGUAUCUCUUUGGUUUCCGCUCUUUGCAUGUGUGAGACCUGUCUAGAGGUCAUUCAAAUUACUGUCAAGCUGAGUCAGUCUUGAAGUUUUUUUUUGUAUAAAUUCCGUGGCCCAUGGUAGCUGUUCAAACAGCUGUGGGCUAUGUAGUUUUUAGUGUAGGAAGAAGUCUACUGUAAUUUCGCACAUGCAGAUUUGAGAGCAUUUUGUUAAACCCUGGUUAUUAUUGCUCUUCUGGCACUUCGGAGGUCAUUCCCACCACAGAUAAAUGCCAUCGUAUAGAAAGUACUCUUUGGUUGCUGCAGAAAACGCCUAAACACACAUUGACCCAAACUAAUUUUUGUUGUUUGUUUCUUAUGCAGUUUUUAAAUAAUAAACUUUUGGCCGUAAA